ACCAAAUCUGUGCGGAGUGAGCAGUGCAUCCAGAACGCGUGGGCCCGGGGAGUGGAAGCUAUGAUGCACAACUUCACUCUCACUGAAAACGAGGACCAUCCAGCCAGGCUACUGCCUCUGCCUUAGUCUGAGGGCCAUAUCUAGGAUACAAAAACAAAGGAAUCUACAAUUAUAUACUGAGCAUUUUGAAAGACGAUGGCGACUCUGCGAAAAUCAGAGAGCUCUGACACUAGGAUGGGUUUAAGAGAUCUGUCCACGACUUCACCAGCGAUCAGUUCAAGUGAACCUCAUGAGGCUUCUCGGUUCAAGUCCAGCUCUGAGUCCAGCUCUGAAGAGGCAGGGAUUUCAUGUGAAGCAGCUGGGAGUCUAAAAAAGAGGCAACGAAGACAAAGAACACACUUCACUAGCCAGCAACUGCAAGAACUGGAGGCCACUUUCCAGCGAAAUCGAUACCCAGACAUGAGCAUGCGUGAAGAAAUAGCUGUGUGGACCAAUCUCACUGAAGCUCGCAUCCGGGUGUGGUUCAAGAACCGUAGAGCAAAAUGGCGAAAAAAAGAGCGUCACCAGCCACAAGAUAUUUGCAAGCCGGGCUUUGCCUCCCAGUUCCCGGGAAUGCUUCCCCAGUACGAGGAAGUGUAUGCUGGCUACUCCCCUUACACUAACUGGGCUACCAAGGGACUGCACAGUGGUGGCAUCGCAACCAAAACCAGCUUCCAGUUUUUCAACUCCAUGAACGUCUCCCCACUGCCCUCACAGCCGAUGUUCCCUCCUCCACCACCACCCACCUCCCUCACCAGUGUGCCGAUGCCCAGCUCAGUUGCAUCAGGCAUUGAGAACCUGUCUGGCUCUUCAAUAAGUACUGGGGUCACCCCAUCACCUUAUUGUGCCUCUUCAUCUCCUUAUAAUUACAGUCGGGAUCCUGGUGGACACAGUCUGGCAAACCUGAGACUGCGUACCAAGCAGCACACACAUUUUGGGUAUGGGAUGAUGCAGAGCUCAGCAGCGAGUCCCUGUGAAUAUAAUAUGGACCGUCCAGUAUAAGACAAGAAGACGAAGCAACAAAGCAACAAAAAACUGACCUUUGAAAUUAAUGUGCUAUAAAGUCGUCCUUGGUGACAUUUUUGGUGCUUUUCCUAUAGACACUGAUAGCAAAAUAAAUAGGAAACACAGCUUGGUUAUUAAGGGAGAAGUUUGACUGCAGGGUUUAAAAAGCAGGAUUCCUUUGGAUUCCUCACUCAGCUGUUUGCUAAAUGAUUUAUUAUUUUCUGAAUGUUUUAUGAAAAAAAACGAGAAACAGCUCCUCAGGUGAGUUACUUGUAUAAUUGGCUCAGAAAGCCCAGACUACAGAGUUUUUCCUAUAAACCCAAAGAAAAUGGUGUUGUUCUUUCAACAGUUUAGGGUUAGCCAUUUUUCUGUCCUAGUCCAGACAGCAGUGUUUUGAUUUUUUUUUAAUACUCAAGACAACAAGUAGUUGCUGUUCUUUGACUGCACUGCCAGCCUGACGUAUCUCUCAUCUACUGUUGUGAAAAGUUUACAUUUUUGUAAUUUCAUU